ACAAAAAUUACACAUACAGAGUUUGCUCUCUUCAAGAGAUCGAUACAAUAAAGUAGCCCGUGUGUUCAAGAUGGCGUUAAACAAAGUAAGUAUGUUGAUUAUGCAAGUCAUGAUAGGCACAAUCUUCAUAGAUGUAGUCUUUUGCAGCAGUAGGAGCAUAGCAACCCCCAUAAGGGGCUGCAACAGUCAGUCAUGCGGGGAUUUAGCAAUUCCGUUCCCAUUCGGCCUUGACAAAGGCUGUUACAGGGAACCCCCAGUUCUAUUCCAGAUCCAUUGUCUGAAAUCAACGCCGUACCUGUUCAACUCCAGUUUCGAAGUCAAGGACAUAUCCGUUUUAAAAGGCGAGGUAACCAUCAUUCUGCCUAUUGCCCAAGAUUGUUACAGUGAAAAUGGCACACAGUUAACUAACGGUACCAGAGACGUCACGCGAAGCUUGAAUGAGUUUUUCAGUGUUUCCUACAACAAAAACAAGUUUUACUCCAUAGGUUGCGACAAUUCGGCAACCAUCACUGGCUCCCGCCGCGAUAAAAACUACACUACCGGUUGCAUAUCCUCCUGCAGUUACGCCGACGAAAUCGACUUGAAGUCUUGCUCUGGCGUAGGCUGUUGCCGAACUUCUAUCCCCAGAGAACUUGUCAACUACGGCUUGAAGUUGGGAAGCAACAAUAAUCAUAGAAGCGUUUGGAGUUUUAACCAGUGUAGCUAUGCUUUUGUUAUGCAAGAAACUGCGUUCAAAUUUUCAAGCUUCCAAGAAUUCAACAAUGACUCUAUGUUUCCGGUGGUUCUUGACUGGGCUGUUGGGUUCAAUUCCUGCCAAGUAGCGAUAGAGAAUAUGACGACCGAUUACGCUUGCAAGGAGAAUAGUGUGUGUGUUAACUCCACUUCUAGACCUGGCUACCUAUGCCGGUGCUCGGAGGGCUACCAAGGAAACCCAUACCUCCCAAAUGGUUGCAUAGGUACGUAA